CGGUCGCGUCCGUCCGGACUGCGGAGUUGCUGCCGCCGCCGCUCCCUGAGGAGAAUCUCUCCGGCCCCGCCGCCGCCGCCGCCGCCGCCGCCCCCUCGGCCCGCCAUGCUGUUGCCCUUGCCGCUGCUGCUCGGCCUCCUCGGCCUGGCCGCCGCCCAGCCCGUCGUCUACUUCAAGGAGCAGUUUCUGGACGGAGACGGCUGGGCCAACCGCUGGGUGGAGUCCAAACACAAGUCCGACUUCGGCAAAUUCGUCCUGAGCUCCGGCAAGUUCUACGGCGACCAGGAGAAAGACAAAGGCCUGCAGACCAGCCAGGACGCCCGCUUCUACGCCCUGUCCAGCCGCUUCGAGCCCUUCUCCAACAAGGGGCAGAAGCUGGUGGUGCAGUUCACCGUGAAGCACGAGCAGAACAUCGACUGCGGCGGCGGCUACGUGAAGCUCUUCCCGGCCGGCCUGGACCAGGCCGACAUGCACGGGGACUCGGACUACAACAUCAUGUUCGGCCCCGACAUUUGCGGCCCCGGCACCAAGAAGGUCCAUGUCAUCUUCAACUACAAAGGGAAGAACGUCCUCAUCAACAAGGACAUCCGCUGCAAGGACGACGAGUUCACCCACCUGUACACGCUGAUCGUGCGGCCCGACAACACCUACGAAGUGAAGAUUGACAACAGCCAGGUGGAGUCGGGCUCCCUGGAGGACGACUGGGACUUCCUGCCCCCCAAGAAGAUCAAGGACCCCAACGCCGCCAAGCCCGAGGACUGGGAUGAGCGGGCCAAGAUCGACGACCCCACUGACUCCAAGCCCGAGGACUGGGACAAGCCCGAGCACAUCCCCGACCCCGACGCCAAGAAGCCCGAGGACUGGGAUGAGGAGAUGGACGGCGAGUGGGAGCCCCCCGUCAUCCAGAACCCGGAGUACAAGGGCGAGUGGAAGCCCCGGCAGAUCGACAACCCCGACUACAAGGGCACCUGGAUCCACCCCGAGGUCGACAACCCCGAGUACGCCCCCGACAGCAGCAUCUAUGCCUACGACAGCUUCGCCGUGCUGGGCCUGGAUCUCUGGCAGGUCAAGUCCGGGACCAUCUUUGACAACUUCCUCAUCACCAACGACGAGGCGUAUGCCGAGGAGUUCGGCAAUGACACCUGGGGUGUCACCAAGGAGGCCGAGAAGCAGAUGAAGGAGAAGCAGGACGAGGAGCAGAGGCUGAAGGAGGAGGAGGAGGACAAGAAGCGGAAGGAGGAGGAGGAAGAGGCCGACAAGGACGAGGAGGAGGACAAGGACGAGGAUGAUGAUGAGGAGGAGGAGGAGGACUCGGCCGCCCCCACCCCCGCCGGCCAGGCCAAAGACGAGCUGUAGGCCCCCCCGCCCCAGGGCUGGACCCACGCCCAGCCGCCCGUCACCACAUAAUGUCUCUGUGAGACUUCUGAGAACUUUGCGGUUGUUGGUUUUUUUUUUUCCUCCCUGGCGGGUUCUGAUUUUGGGAUUCUGUUUACCCCAUUCUCCUCCCCUAAUCCCCCCCUUUUUUUUUUUACUGACAUUUUGUCUCCCAAUUCUCUGCUCCAGUGACACCCCUGGCCCUCAUCUUUCUGGGUUAAACAUCUGUGUCUCCUACUCCCCCCUCCACACACACCCUGCCAGCCCUAGAGCCUGUCUGCUCUCACCUAGAGUGAGCGGUAUCCCAGCGGUGAAGUGAGGGAAAGGGGGGUCAGGACUCCUAGAGCCCCAGCUCUGAUCUUCCCCCACCCCCUUUCUUGAUUCCCCCAUCCCAGGACCCGGCCACUUCUUGGAAGGGGGGGCCAGCGAGUCCCAGCUCCCCCCAUACUUGAGAAUGUAAAAAAAAAAACAAAAAACUACAAACAAAAUUUCUAUUAAAUUAAGUUUUGUGUCUUC